GAAGCAAACUGAACGAAACGAGGAAGAACCUAACUGAAUUAGUCCAAUAGAAACUCUCGUUUUCGUUGCAAAACGCAACUGUUUACAACCGUGUGGACUAAUGAUUACACCACAGUCUCGUAAAGCAGGGGAUAACGCAUUUGCAGCGAUACAACUGAAGAGAAAGCAGUACCAAGUAUUACUGUGUGUCGGAUUCAGUGGAACAACAGCGAGCAAAUUGAACGCAUGGAAUGUACGAGCAACGGUGUUCAACGAUUAGAUAAGCAGCUUGAUCCACUGUCUCCGGCGCUGGAUCCGCUACAUUAGGUGGGUGGUUAUAUUGUAUCUAGUCAAAGAUUCCGACAGUGUAGCAAUGUCCCUCUCUCUCUUUUCCCACUUCUCUUCCAGCUUCAGCGGCGCUAACCGCGACUGUCUACCCUCUACCUAGCCUGAUGGAGCUGGGCACUCGACGAGCGCUGACCACUGAGGAACACCCACCACACUCUGCCCCCCACUGCCAACCUUGAAGGGAGGGACUAUCUCUGCUUCUCCCCCCCUUUCCCCUUCCCUUCUCCCCUCCUCUUCCUCCUCCACUCCAACACUACCUCCUCUGGUACACCUCCAUCCUCGCCCCUCCGUGGUCCUGAGAUGGUGAUGAUGGGGAAGCUGAAGCAGAACCUGCUGGUGGCCUGUCUGGUCAUCAGCUCUGUCACAGUCUUCUACUUGGGUCGUCACGCCAUGGAGUGUCACCACCGUAUCGCGGAGCGCAGCAGCCAGCCCGGGGACCAAGGGGUUCUGGGGGGCCUUCAGGGGCCGGGAGGGGUACUCCUGGGCGGUUCGUUGGGCUCCUCCGCCAUCCUGCGGGGCUCCAGACCCGGGGGCCAUAACCUCUCCGCUCCAUUCGUCUACAACAAGGACAUGCCCCUAGUGUUCAUUGGAGGGGUUCCCAGGAGUGGGACAACGUUGAUGAGAGCCAUGCUGGACGCUCACCCUGAGGUUCGGUGUGGGGAGGAGACCAGGGUUAUUCCACGUAUCCUGGCCAUGAAACAGAUGUGGUCGCGGUCGGGGAGGGAGAAGAUGCGUCUGGACGAGGCCGGGGUGACGGACGAGGUCCUGGACGCCGCCAUGCAGGCCUUUCUCCUGGAGAUCAUCGUGAAGCACGGCGAGCCCGCCAACUUCCUCUGUAACAAGGACCCCUUCGCUCUGAAGUCCCUCUCCUACCUGGCUAAGAUCUUCCCGCACGCCAAGUUCGUGCUCAUGAUCCGGGACGGACGCGCCUCUGUCCAUUCGAUGAUCUCACGUAAGGUGACGAUCGCUGGCUUUGACCUGGGCAGCUACAGAGACUGCCUGACCAAGUGGAACAGGGCCAUAGAGACCAUGUACACUCAGUGCCUGGAUGCCUCGGACAAGUGCCUGCCGGUGCAUUACGAACAGCUGGUUCUCCAUCCAGAGAAGUGGAUGAGGACGUUGCUCAAAUUCCUGGACAUUCCCUGGAAUGAGGCGGUGCUUCACCAUGAGGAACUCAUAGGGAAAGCAGGAGGUGUCUCCCUCUCCAAGGUGGAGAGGUCUACAGACCAGGUGAUAAAGCCAGUCAACGUGGAGGCCUUAUCUAAGUGGGUAGGCAAGAUCCCUGCGGACGUACUGAGGGACAUGCCCGUCAUCGCCCCCAUGUUGUCCCGUCUGGGGUACGACCCCUACGCCAACCCUCCCAACUACGGCCGGCCAGACCCCAAGGUCCUUGACAACACCAGGAGGGUCUUUAAAGGUGAAUUUCAGCUACCUGAGUUUCUAAGAGAACAAUCUCAGCUUCAGAAGACUCCAGAGAAGCCUAACCUGCCACAGAGCCAGACAAGGCACCGAUGGACAGAGGAAGACAUCCAAUAAAUUCAGCACCAUCUUUUGGGGACCUCUGUGCUCUUCCAUGGACACACACACACACACACACACACACACACACACACACACACACACACACACACACACACACACACACACACACACACACACACACACACACACACACACACACACACACACACACACACACACACACACACACACGUUGGCCUGUGUCAGUGGGGACCGGACCACCCCGGCUUGAAGAACUCGUUUGGCCUUUGGUGUUGUACUGUAAACUAACGUGUUUGUCACAAAAUGGUGACCAGAGAAUGUUGAUGUUGAUGUUUCUUUCUUGUCUAGGGCUGCAAAAUUCUGGUAAAUUUCAAAAAGAUUCCUAGAUUUUCCAGAAAUCCCAGUUGGAAGAUUCCUGAGUUCAGCAAGAAAUCUGUAAUCCUACAACUAGGAUUUCUAGAAAACCUUGGAAAUUUGAGGAAAAGUUGACAGAAUUUUGCAACACUAUUCUUGUCACACCAUGCUCAUCUGGAUUUGUAGUUUUUAUGGUUUUCUCCUGGCUAUAUAAAAAUCUGUGAUUCUGUUGUAAGAAACUACAGUGGACUUAAAAUGUAAAUCUAAAAAAAGUACAGUAUUUAUAGAUGAAAUUUAGCUUUUUGAAGAUGCUAUAUCUAUUUUAAUGUUUCAUUUUGUUUUUCAUGCCUUUGUAUUGUGCAAUUCCAUGGGUACUGUGAUGUACAAGAUCCUAGUUAAGUAUUGACAGUGAUAAAGAUGGCAUUUUGUAA